UACUUUGUGUUUAAAAUUUAUAAACCUCUGUUCUGAUGAAAUUUUGAUGUAAAUAAGCAACUGGAAAGAAGUACUAUUUCUUGGUUGAAAUGGGCUCUGUUCUUGGCCUUUGCUCGUUGGCAAGUUGUGCACCAUCGUUAACAGGAUGCUGUGGUGCACAGUUGCUUUGCUGUUGUGGUCCUGCUGCUUGUGGUUUAUGUUGUCGAUGCUGCCCAGCAUGCAAAAACUCCACAUCCUCACGUAUUGGCUACAUCUUGCUGAUGUUACUUGGCUUUAUAACAUCCUGUGUGAUGUUGGCACCAGGAAUAAGGGACAAAAUGGACUCAGUGCCUCAUCUUUGUAACAACAAGUAUAUUACUGAGAAAACAUGCAACAGUUUGGUUGGUUACCUUGCCGUUUAUCGUGUUUGUUUUGGAAUGGCUGCAUUCUUUCUUAUCAUGGCAGUUGUUACAUUCAAGGUGAAGAGUAGCAAGGACCCAAGGGCUGCUUUCCAAAAUGGAUUUUGGUUGAUAAAGCUUCUUUUACUGGUGGGCCUUGUUGUUGCAGCAUUUUUCAUUCCUAAAGGCAAAUUCUCAGAAACUUGGAUGUAUAUUGGAAUGGUUGGUGGAUUUCUUUUCAUUGUUCUUCAGUUGGUUAUGCUUGUGGACUUUGCCUAUUCAUGGUCUGAAUCUUGGGUAGAGAAAUAUGAAGAAACUGGAAAGAAGAUUUGGCUUGCUGGCUUGAUUUCUUCAACUGGUGGCAUGUAUACACUGUCAAUUGUUGCAACGACUCUCCUUUUCAUUUUCUAUACAAAGAGUUCAGAAUGUGGCCUGAAUAAGUUCUUCAUCAGCUUUAAUCUGUGUCUUGUUCUUUUGGUUUCUGCCAUGGCAAUUCACCCUCGUAUUCAAGAAGCUCAGCCGACUUCUGGACUUUUACAGUCUGCUGUUAUAAGUGCUUACACUACAUAUAUAGUGUGGUCAGCUAUGAGCAACGAACCAGAUGCAAUGUGUAACCCAAGUGGCAGUUUGUUGCAGAAUUCAAAUUUGUCCCCUGGCUUCAAUGGCCAGACUGUGCUUGCUGCAGUCAUUCUUUUUGUUGCUGCUAUAUAUUCGUGUGUUCGCAGAACAAGUGGUUCCAGCCUUAGCAAUGCAAGGAUCAACACUGGCAGUGUUGAGGAAAACCUUAUCACCGAAAGUUCAGCUGAUGAUGGCGAGGAAGUGAAGUAUAAGGGCCAGAGUGUCUAUGAUGAUGAACAGAAUUCGGUUACAUACAACUAUUCAUUAUUUCAUUUUGCCAUGUUCUUGGCAUCACUGUACAUCAUGAUGACAUUGACAAACUGGUACAGUCCAAAAGGCUCGGAUUUCAGCAAGCUGACAAGUAACUGGGCAACAGUUUGGGUGAAAGUAGUGUCAAGCUGGAUUUGCUUUGGCAUAUAUAUUUGGACCUUGAUAGCCCCUAUCUGUCUUCCCGAUCGUGAGUUCGUUUAAAAAAAGCAUAACUGUAUGCGUGUAAUAUUGAUGUUGUGACUGCAUUUAUUGUAGUCUCUGUAAAUAGCUUAACAAUUAGAAUACCAUUGUAUCUACUAAAUACUGAGGGGUAAAUGCACUUUGGUUGUGUUGUGUUGUUGUUACGGACAGGGAUUAAUGUCUUAGAGCCUGUCAUUUAAUUAAAACUUGUGACGUGAAA